GUAUGUUGAGAUAAGGUUGUUUAUGUAACACAAACAGUUAGGUUUAUGUAAUACUUGAUGAUAAAAAAGAUAUAAUUUCGCUCCAAGUGCUUUGGCUAUCCUUUCAUUAGUAUUGUGAGAUGAUGAGGAGUGAACAAAAUAUUUCAUUCGUGAUUUGUUUGAAUUUAGUCUGCUUUUGGAUUAUAUCCGAAGCAACUGUGAUAAAUGUUAAGCGUUUCAACAAUGAGUCGACAGAGAUGUUGACAACACGAUUGGAAAGUAUAUCGGUGUUUGACAUAGAAAAGUUGGUUAGGGGAUAUGGAUACACCUUCGAAAAACACCCGGUCAGUACGGAAGAUGGUUUCAACCUUGAAUUGCAUCGCAUAUCUAAACAGAAUAAAGUGCAAAACGAAGCGGACGCGGAAGAAAGUAAACCUGUUGUUCUAAUCAUGCAUGACAUCUUAGGAACAUCGGCGGACUUUCUUAUAUCUGGUCCUGCAAAUUCUUUGGCUUUCCAACUUGUCGAUCAAGGAUAUGACGUGUGGCUGGGUAAUAACAGAGGAAACACUUGGUCCAGAAGUCACGACAACUUGAAAACUACUGACAAGAAAUUCUGGGAUUUCAGUUACCACGAGCUUGGUGUUUAUGAUGCUCCGGCAAUGAUCGACUACAUUCUUGAACAAACAAAACAGUCCUACCUAUCCUAUGUUGGAUUUUCCCAAGGCGCUACUCAACUAUUUGUAAUGCUAUCCGAGAAACCGGAAUAUAAUGAGAAAAUCAAGAUUAUGACAGCCUUGGCUCCGAUGGUCUAUAUGAAGAAUGUUAAUCAUAUUGUUCUUAAACUAAUUGCACACUUGGAUGGUUUAGUGGAGUGGACUGAAAAAACUCUGAACAUCCAUGAGUUUCUUUCCCAUGAUUCAAUAAUUUCCACGGCCGGAAAUAUUUUAUGCGGGAAUCAUUCAAUAGUUCAAGGAAUGUGUUCUUUUGUAAUGUCUUUUUUUUUGGGAUUUGAUUCAGAAAGCACAAAGAAGGAAAUGUUAUCACAUUUGCUGGAGGUCUACCCAGGAGGUUCGUCUUUGAAAGAAUUCAGGCAUUAUGCUCAAGGCAUCUCAACAGGUAAAUUCCGCCAAUACAAUUAUGGAAUUAUGACUAACUUUGAGAAAUAUAAAAAUGGAACACCUCCAGAAUAUGACCUUAAGCGAAUUAAAACUCCGGUUGCCCUUUUCUAUGGUCAGAAUGAUUGGCUAGUGAAUGUUAAAGAUGAGGACAAACUCAAAUCAGAACUAACAAAUGUGGUGGACAAUUACUUGAUCAAGAAUGAACAUUUCAACCAUGGGGAUUUCAUUUUUUCUGGAGAUGCCAAUUCACUAGUGAACUUUUACGUCAUCAAUACUUUGAAUAAAUAUAACAACAAAACAGAAAUGACUUCAACAAUAUCAACAACGGUAGCAACAACAUCAAAACCGUCAUCUGCCUCAACUGACAAAAAACCUACAACGAUUUCCAGCACCUCCAAACCAACAACAACUGAUCAGCCUUCGUCGUCAUGCACAACAUAUUCAUCUUCUUUUCUAGUAUUCAUUCAUAUUUUCUCAACAGGUUUCGUUGGUGUCAUAAUGAAAUAUUGAAAAAUAGUCUCAUUUCUAUACACCGAAUUUCCUAUUAUUUUCUAUUCAAUGAAAAUGUUAAUAUAGAGUUGAAUAAAAAAAUAUGAAAAAGUAUGUGUAGA